AUGGACUGGUUCGGCCGCGCCAAAAUCGACUUUGCCCACGCGGCCACCCCCCUGCCCUUAACCAGGAAAGAUGGCUCUCAAACCGACCUCCUCAAGGUCGUCGAGGCCGCCGUGCCAAAAUGUCAGAUGAACCCCCUUCUUUUCAACGGCCAUUUCCAAACCAUGUACACAGCCGUCAAGGAGCACGGCCCGCAAAUCUACUACAAGAGAAAGAUCUUUGACGCCGACCACAAGACCUACGCCGGCACUUUUGCUGUCGACUUUGUUGUUCCUCAACACAAGGACUUUGACGAGGAGCUCCCGCCGAGAACGGCGUUUUACUCGGAGGAAGAGUUUGCUGGUAUUGGGUCUGAUGACAGCAAGCCUAUGCUGAUAGCGCUGCAUGGGCUUUCGGGGGGGUCUCAUGAGAUUUAUCUCCGACAUGCUAUUGCUCCCUUGGUGAUGGAUGGGGGCGAGUGGGAGGUUUGUGUGGUUAAUGCGAGAGGUUGCGCGAACAGCAAGGUGACGACGGGGGUGUUGUUCAAUGCGAGGGCGACGUGGGAUGUGAGGCAGUUUGUUAAGUGGGCGAGGAAGAUGUUUCCCAACAGACCUCUGUUUGGGGUGGGUUUCUCGCUUGGUGCCAAUAUCAUGACCAAUUACGUUGGCGAGGAGGGUGCAAACUGCCCAUUGAAGGCGGCCAUUGCCGUGAGCAACCCUUUCGACUUGGAGGUGUCAAACAAGGGGCUUCAGAGGACAUGGUUGGGGAAGGAGGUCUACUCCAAGAUCAUGGGCAACAACCUCAAAAAACUCUUUGAACAACACAAGGAGCAAAUCCUCAAAUACACCAACGUCGACUACGACCGCGUCCAAAACGUCACCUACCUCCACGAGUUUGACCGCGCAGUCCAGACCGUCACAUGGGGUUACCCUACCGAAAACGCCUACUACCGUGACGCUUCCUCCUGCGACGCCAUCCUCGCCAUCCGCAUCCCCUUCCUGGCCAUCUCCGCCCUUGAUGACCCAAUUGCCGUCAAGGAAGCCAUUCCCUACCAGGAGUUCGCCGUGAACCCUUACACAGUUCUCUGCACGACGUCUCUUGGCGGGCAUCUGUCUUGGUUCGAAAUUGGUGGCGGGAGGUGGCAUCCCAAGCCAAUCUGCAAUUUCCUGAACGCGAUGGCGACGGAUAUCAACUUGGAGGCCGUGAGCAGAGAGGAGAAGAUGGUUGGGGAUGGAAAGUACCAGUUUAAUACCGACUUUAACCCGGUGAGGAGGAAGUUGAAUGUACUCGAGUAG